AUGGCGGAUACUAUCAACCCGUUGGAUACCCUCCCAACCUCACCAUCCCCUGAAAUGUACACAGUUUCCCCCGCGGAUACAUCAUUAGACUCUCCGGAGCCGGAAGAUGAUCUUAAGAAAGAAGAUGAAGAGAAGAAACCAACCAAGAAGAGAAAGUCCUGGGGACAAGAACUUCCAACCCCUAAGACAAACCUUCCUCCUAGAAAACGCGCUAAGACAGAUGAUGAAAAAGAGCAGCGCCGGAUAGAACGGGUCCUCCGGAACCGUGCUGCUGCUCAAACAUCACGCGAGCGCAAGCGCCUUGAAAUGGAGAAGCUUGAGACCGAAAAGAUCCGGAUGGAGCAACAAAAUCAGUUCCUGAUUCAGCGUCUCUCACAGAUGGAGACAGAGAACAACCGCCUGAGUCAGCAAGUGGCCAAGCUCUCUGCUGAGGUCCGUGGAUCUCGCAGCGUGACGCCCAAAGCCAGCUCUCCCGCCAUCGAAUCUCCCACCCUCACGCCCACCCUCUUCAAACAAGAAGGCGAUGAACUUCCUAUGGAACGGAUUCCCUUCCCCACUCCCUCCGUUACCGACUACUCUCCCACCCUUAAGCCUUCCACUCUGGCUGAGGCCUCCGACGUGACACAACAUCCUGCAGCGGUGUUGUGUGACCUGCAGUCUCCUCUUUCUGACGAUGACUUCCGUCGCCUGUUCCACGGUGAUUCACCCGCUGAGCCAAAUCCUGCUUUCCCUGAAGACGGGUUUGCCUUUGACGUUCUCGACGGAGGAGAUCUAUCGGCAUUUCCCUUUGAUUCUAUGGUUGAUUUCGACCCCGAGUCUGUCGUCCUCGAAGGUGUCCAACCGUCCGAUCUUUCGGAUGAGACUUCUCACCAGACUAUUAGCUUGCAGCCCAGCCUUGGCGCGUCCACUUCGAGAUGCGACGGGCAGAGCAUUGCAGCUAGCGUGACGUUGCCACGCCCCCCCAAAUCCAUCUCCCUUCCACAAAACCUGCAAACCUCAUCCUCUACAUUCUUUCUAGCCGAUAUCAUGGUUCGCAAAGACCCUAUCUUCGAAGCCCGCACAAAUGUCAAACUACACUCCAACAGACUCAAAAAAGAAGCCGUCCGAGCAGAGGCGACCUUUAAAUCUGAAAAGGCGAAAGCCGACAAAGCCAUGAAAAACCGCGAGUUCCAGAUCGCCCGCAUUCACGCCGCCUCCGCCGUGCGUGAGAAACGACGCCAAGUAACGCUCAAAUCCGAAGCGGCACGCGCAGAUGUCAUCAUCAACGAACUCAAGGCUGCCCAAAGUACCCGCGACACCUCCCGGACGCUCGCUAUGGCAUCGCGAGGUCUAGACGCUGCCUCACGGAGCGUCAACCUCGAACACCUCGUCUCCCACGCGAACAACUUCCUCGCCCGGUCGGAAGAUUUUAAGAUUGCUAGCAGUGCGAUCGAGGAUGUUGCACAGAGUAUAUCGAUGCAAGAAUACGGUGCGGAGGGGGAGGCCGAUGUUGAUCGGCUUAUGGAACAGCUCGCAGAUGAUGCGGGUGUUGAUAUGCGCCUAAACCUUGAGGCGGAUGCUGCGCCCAAGGAGGAGGUUAAAGAGCCUAGGCAGGUAGAUGCUGAGGUUGAGGAUGGCUUGGGUGCAAGGCUACGCGCUUUGCGAGCUGCUAAUUGA